CCGUGCCACUAGUCUUCCUCCAGUCUUCGACAGCCUUCCUUCGCCGCACGGUCCGCCGCCGUCGGUGACCCGCAACACCGACGACCGAGCUCACCUUUUAGCCACCCUCCUCCGAGCCUACUUGGACAACUAUGCGCCAGCAGCGCGUCUUCUUUGCUGGAUAAGGACCGCCUCGGAAAGGAGGACGGAGCGACGGGCGGGCGGGCGGAGAGACGAACCGAAGCCGCGGGUGGCGGAGCUUGUCGGCCGGGGCAGGGAAGCGAGCACCAGCGGAGCCGCGAGCGGAGGUGUGUGACGGAAAUACGCGCCGGAUGUAAUUUGUCUGUGAUGAGCAUCCCCGUCAUCCACCAGAGUCUGAAGCUGAGGUGUGGAGCUGUGGCGAUAACCCCCGGUAUUGUUCCGCCGGACGAGCGCCGUGUUCCUCUCUACGCUUCACAUAUUUUUAGAGGCCUGCCCUUGUUAUUCCCUCUGAGAGGACGAGGAAGUGAUGUCACGCCACCACCACCGCUUCGAACGGGACUACCGGGCAACCUGGGAGCGGCGCGACAUCCGCUUGUCGGGCCUCCACAAUGGGGGAGCCAAUCAUAGCUGUGCCUCCGCCGUCGUCAACGGCAACAACCGCCCGGGGCUCCUUCCCCUCCCCGUCAUCCCGUCACUGCUUCCCACGCCGGCCACCGUCGUCGUGACAACAUCAAGCAGCGAGGCGGCGGUCAAACGAGGCAUCGCGGCGGCGGGAUCGGUCGCACCGACGUCGGCCAAGGUGUCUCCCAGGGACAACCAGACCUCCGGCCUGCUGCUCACUCCGGGCGUGAGGUGGGGACAGACGCCCAUCAACCAGCUCACACCAUGGGACACGGACGAGCCGCCCAGCAAGCAGCAUCGAGAUGGCGAGGCCACGGGUCCGGCCUGGGUGGCGCCGGUCGCCGCUGUUAGCCAGCCCAGCCUCCUGCCCCACACCUACGCCCUCCCCCAGCCGCCAUCCUACAACCACAGCGUGACUGUGCAGUCGCCCGUUAUCGGGGUGACGUCGGUGCCCCCGCCCCAUCAUCAGCACUCCCUCAUGACCGCCCACUUCCAGUUGACGCCGCAGUCCACCCCGCAGCCGCCCGCCAUGGUGCUAAGCAUGCCCGGCCAGCCGCCCUACGCCACCGCUCCGUCCAACCACAUGGUGCACCUCAGCCCUCACGGCAUUAUGGGCAACGGCCACUUGAGCACCCACCACCCAGGCCUCAUCCAACUCACCAACGGACAGGGGGCCCACGCCCCAGCUGCCACCCACACCCCGCCCGCCGCCGACAAUCAGGAGGGUCUGAACGGGCUGCAAAUGCUACGGACAGUCGGGAUGGGGAAGUACGAGUUCAGCGAUCCGGGACAUCCUAAAGAGAUGUUGAAGGAGCUCAACCAGCAGCGGCGAGCGAAAGAGUUUACAGACCUGAAAAUAAUUGUUGAAGGCAAAGAGUUUGAAGUCCACCAAAAUGUUCUAGCUUCCUGCAGCUUGUAUUUCAAGGACCUGGUCAAAAGGUCGUCGGGGGAGACGCGCAACGGCGAGAUGCUGAAGUUGACCAUGAGCAACAUCGGCGCAGAGGUUCUGGAGCAGCUGCUGGAGUUCGUCUACACGGGCUCGCUGGUCAUCGAUUCGGCCAACGCCAAGACGCUGUUGGAGGCUGCCAACAAGUUCCAGUUCAACACCUUCUGCAAAGUCUGCGUCUCCUUCCUAGAGAAACAGCUGACAGCGGCGAACUGCCUGGGAGUGCUGGCCAUGGCUGAGGCUAUGAAUUGCACGGAGCUGCACAACAUGGCCAAAGCCUUUGCGCUGCAGAACUUCCCCGAGGUGGCGGGACAGGAGGAGAUCCUGAGCGUGUCCAAGGAGGACCUGGUGGCCUACCUGUCCAACGAUAGCCUCAACACCAAAGCGGAGGAGUUGGUGUACGAGACAGUCAUCAAGUGGAUCAAACGGGACUCCGGCUCCAGAGUUCAACACCUGUCCGAUCUGCUGGCGUCGGUGCGUCUGCCCUUCAUCCACCCGUCCUACCUGCUCAACGUGGUCGACAACGAGGAGCUGAUCAAGUCGUCGGAGGCGUGCCGUGACCUGGUCAACGAGGCCAAGCGCUACCACAUGCUGCCUCACGCGCGCCAGGAGAUGCAGACGCCACGCACCAGACCGAGGCUCUCUGCCGGCGUGGCGGAGGUGAUCGUCCUGGUGGGGGGGCGCCAGACCAUCGGGAUGAACCAGCGCUCCCUGACGGCGGUCACCUGCUUCAACCCGCAGAACAGCAAGUGGUACCCGCUUGCCAGCCUGCCCUUCUACGACCGCGAGUUCUUCAGCGUCAUCUCGGCCGGCGACAACAUUUACCUGUCGGGCGGCAUGGAGUCGGGGGUGAUGCUGUCUGACGUGUGGUGCUACAUGUCCCUGCUGGACAACUGGAACCUGGUGUCUCGCAUGACGGUGGCCCGCUGCAGACACAACAGCCUUGUCUACGACGGGAAACUCUACGCCAUCGGAGGCCUCGGCGUCUCCGGGAAUCUGGACCACGUGGAGAGGUACGACACCAUCACCAACCAAUGGGAGACGAUCUCUCCGCUGCCCAAGCCCGUGCACUCGGCGGCGGCCACGGUGUGCGGCGGCAAAGUGUACGUGUUCGGCGGCGUCAACGAAGCGGGACGCUCGGCCGGCGUGUUGCAGUCCUACGUGCCGCAGAGCGACGCCUGGAGCUUCAUCGAGUCGCCCAUGAUCGAUAACAAGUACGCUCCAGCGGUGAGUCUGGGUGGCCUGGUGUACAUCCUGGGCGGAGCCUACGCCCGAGCCACCACCAUCUACGACCCAGACAAAGGCAACAUCAAGGCGGGACCCAACAUGAACCACUCGCGACAGUUCUGCAGCGCCGUGAUCCUGGACGGGAAGAUCUACGCCACAGGGGGCAUCGUGAGCAGCGAGGGUCCGGCGCUGGGCAACAUGGAGACGAUCGAACCGUGCACCAACACGUGGACGCUGCUACAAUCGCUCCCCUGCCCGCUCUUCAGACACGGCUGUGUGGUCAUCAAGAAGUACAUCCAGAGCGGAUGAGGCCGGGCGGACACCCACACCGAACAUUGCGCAGUGCCAAAAAAAAUAUGUAAAAAUGGCAACACCCCCCAUCCCCACUUUGGGGCUUGUUUCAUUCCCAGUGCAGAAUGUACUUCAUGCGCAACCGCUCAUCCACCCCGCUUGUCCGUCAUCCCACCAACACAGGGUGCAGGGACUCACAGGGACUCUCGUAAACCUUCUUAUUUGACGCCACUCAUUUCUAUUUAGUUUAACACGAGCGGUAUCUACAGGACGGGAGGGGCAGGACUUCCAAAGAGCGGAUCCAUGAGGACUACCGCAGUUCGUCCUCAUCCCGUUAUCCGGAAUAUUUCAUCCCAACCCCCCAUGCUGAGGAAAAGAAGCACAAUAAUCACCCAUGAGUGUUAUCAUAUUUUUUUGAGUUUGUUUUUUCUAUACAUGACAUGUCUCAUUUUAAAGCCUCCUGUACAGUAUAGGAGGUGGGCUUCUGUAAAUACCAGGGAGGACAAAUAUGUAUAUUUUACAACCUCAAGGCAAUUGUGUAUAAAUGUUUUUAGGAAAAAAAGGACAAAAAAAAUUGAUAGGUUGAAUUAAAAAAACAAAACGUGUGUAAAUCUGUAUCCAUAACACUUAUUACGGAAAGCUAAUACAUAUAAAAAAAAAAAUAUGAAA